AUGAAGAGAAAGGAAUUGUACUCUGAGGUGUCCACAACAGACCGGUAUGAAAGUCAAGAUGGACGUAAGAGGUUCAAAGGAAAUGCGAAUUUGAAGGGAACACAGUUAUAUCCCUGGCCCUACAUCGGAAAGCUCCUUGAGAUGUCCACAGAGAAGCCAGAGGAGAUCAACCCCAUGCCUCAGGUGUCUUUGACUUCACCAUUGAUUGCUCUUUACGACUUGAUCUCGAAGCGAGCCUCUAUUGUGCAAACAUCUUCGCAAAGCCCCGCCAAAUUGCUGAAGAAAGGUCUGCACAUAGAAACUCCUGGCAAAGUCGAUGGUGAGCAGCCUCGCGCUGCGAGCGCUCCUGGCGAGGGGCGGAGCUUGAUGGCUGAUUUCAACAAGGUUGAACCUCCGACUCAUGGGGAUACCGGAGGGAAUCCAGACAAGGAGUCUAAACUCACUGACGAAAUCACACAGCUGCGUGCAAAGGUUAGUGCCCUUGAACACGAGGCACAAGAUCUCCGUAUUGAGCGGGACAACUUGUCAGCUGAGAUUGCCAAUCUUAAGAUGGAUGUGGGGCCUGAACCUCCAACCACCCAACAAAGUGACCAGAGUGCUUUGACCGAUGAAGCUGCCCGUAAACGUCUAUGGCGGCUCUGUAAGCGUGGUGCUGAUGGGACUCUGCAGGUUCCAGAGGAAAUCCACAAAAUGUACAUGGAGGGUGGAAGAUCCAAGACCAAGCUCUUGAAGAUGCUUGUUGAGCGGUUUGUUUCCAUGGUUACCGCCGUGUCCGAGCAGAAGGAACAGGUCAAGUUCAAAUGCUGGGCUGGCUGGGCAUCGGAAGAUAAGUUCGACAAGUACGAGAACAAGCAGCUCUACUGGGUGGAGGAGGAGCUGGAAGCCGAGUGGGAGAAGCUGUCCUCAAAAUCGAUUCGUCAGGAAACUGAGUACCAGACUGAUACCAAUGCGAUGGACGCAAUGGGUGCUUCCCUGACCGGGUUGGAGUUUGCCCCGGAUGCUGGACCCUCUGAGUUGAAGGGCAAAUACGAGAACAUCCCGGACCAAGAGAAAACACCACAUCACACCCAGAUGGACCAGGAGCUGAUGGCCCUGUACAAGGACGCCAUGAAGGAGUCCCAAUUUUCCUUGACGAUUGAAUCGAGGGCAAAAUCGAUUCCUUUGCCAAAGGCAAAGGCCUUGCCGAAGGCUUCUGUGGCCUCGUCGAAGGCCAAGGCCAAGGCCAAGGCCAAAGCGAAAGCAGGAGCUGAACCUGAGACCGAGCAUUAUGUGCGACGUGGUGGGAAGGGAAAGGGCAAGAACAAAUGA